UAAAUUCAUCAAACCUCAAACCCCUUCCUCACAAUCUUUACAUACAUUCUCUCUCUUUCUUACUUUCUCUUACUACAACAGGAACUGUGUGUUUGUCUUGUUUCCUUUUGUGUUUCUCAUUGAAACUUUGAUAUUUCACUACACUGUUUCUCCUCUCAGCUAACAAAAAUGUUUGCAGAAACUGGUCUUCUAUUCCCUUAUCUACAGAAUUACUCUCAUGAGUUUCAACAACUUGAAGAGUAUUGCAUGACUCACAAGUCCAAUGCUUCAAUGCCAUCAACAGUUAGGCUCUUUCAAAGUCAGCUUUUUUGGGUGAAGCAUGAGCUUUGAAUUUGCAAUCAAUCAUGUACCUAAUACCAAUUCAAAUAACCUGUGACACUACUCAGCUCUUCCUUUCCAUGUGAAGAGUGACCUUGUUCAAUCAUCUGCGAUGUCAGAAUUUGAUUUGUUUGUAGAGGGAGAUCUGUUCAAAGCACCCGAGACGAUUAUUGAAGAACCGGAAAUGGACCUUGAUCAAAUGCAAGCAGCCAUGUCAAUGAUGUCUGGUGGGGAAGACAUGUCGUCGCAGGGUCUAAAAUCUUCGGAUAUUGAUGAUGUGCUUCAAAGCGAACAACUUUUGAGUGAGGUCUACUAUGAUUGCAAAAAAGAUCUCUUAGAAAAGGCCACUAUAGAAUCACCUCUUUCUGAAAUCCUUGAAAUCAAGAUUCCUGCUCUGAACAUUGACGAGAAUUCAAUUCAAGAAAACAAACCAAUUCCUGAUGUACUAUUAUCAAAGAGUGUCAGUUCAGGAAAUCUGAGUUCAAUGGAUUGGAUGCAUGGUCCUGCAAUGAAGCCUGCUUUCCUUGAUUUCCCUGGAAUAGAUUUUAACGCGGUUUAUGGCAUGCGGAGAGCGUUUAGUGAAGGAGAUAUCAAGACUCUUGGCAAUGGUAACAUGAGUGUUGGCCAAUCCACUCUAGAGAGGCCUUUUCUUCUCAGUAACUGCACGAGUGAGCAACGUCAAGAAAAACUCUCCAGAUAUAGGAAUAAGAAGACAAGAAGAAACUUUGGCAGGAAAAUCAAGUAUGCUUGUAGGAAGGCGCUCGCUGACAGUCAACCAAGAAUCCGAGGAAGAUUUGCAAAAACAGAGGAAUUAGAUGUCAAGAAGCAAUGAACCUUUAACUAAAUUAAUUGAAGAAAAAACAAGGAAGUGGAAAUCAAGUUGAUGCAUCAGAUCAAAAAAGAUGGAAAAGCUUGGUAAUGCUAUGUGAUUGGAAAAUUAUAGACUUGAUGGAAUUCUAUAACUUGAGCAGGUAUCAUGGAAUAAGAUAUACCUCAAAACUUCUAAGUAGUUUUCCUUAUAUCUGUUGUAGUAGCCUUUUCUUUGUAGAUGGAUAUGACCUUCUAGAUAUGUAUAUAGGUUUGAUGAAUAAUAAAAGAAGGAAAAAAAGAGAGGUAAGGUUGUAUCUGUGUAUGUGAACUUUUAAUUUAAUUGUAUUAUGUGAAAUAAUGUUGAGAAUUUAGAAUUAUUUCUAACAAUGAUUAAUUGGUGAAAGUAC